GCUCACACAGUCACACUACUACUAUACACACUCCCUCGCUGCUCUCUCUUUCUCUCUCUCUCAUCUUCGGCUUUGUGAGAGAAAGUAGCAGAGAUCUCGCCUCAGAUCCCGACGCGGAGAUCUCGAAACCCUCUCUCUCCGCGAUCUCUCGCAGGUUUUGCUUUCCAAAUGGCUGUAACUAGUGCUCGAAAUCCCUCAUUAGGUGAAACUACCUGUGGCUCAUUACUUCAGCAGCUGCAGCAAAUAUGGAAUGAAGUUGGUGAGAACGAUGAGGAACGGGAUAAGAUUUUGCUUCAGCUCGACCAAGAGUGUUUGGAUGUUUACAAGAGGAAAGUUGAUCAAGCAUCCAAGUCAAGGGCUCUGCUUCUCCAGGCCUUGGAUGAUUCGAAGAUUGAACUUGCCAGACUUCUUUCUGCUCUCGGAGAGAAAACUAUAGUCAGAACUCCCGAGAAGUCAUCUGGGACAAUCAAGGAGCAACUGGCUGCUAUAGCACCAACGCUGGAGCAGUUGACCAAGCAAAAAGAUGAGAGGAUAAAGGAAUUCGCCGAUGUACAAUCGCAGAUAGAGAAAAUAUGUGGCGAGAUUGCUGGCACCAUAGAAGUUGGUGAGCAGGUGGGGACCCCGUCAGUCGAUGAGGAUGACUUGUCACUUGAGAAGCUGGAAGACUUCCAUUCCCAGCUUCAGGAUCUUCAGAAAGAGAAGAGUGAUAGGCAGCAGAAGGUCCUUGACUAUGUCAGCACAGUACAUGAUCUGUGCACUGUCCUUGGAAUGGAUUUCUUCAGCACUAUUACAGAAGUUCAUCGUAGCCUCGAUGAUUCUGUUGGGGUUCAUUUGAAAAGCAUUAGCAAUGAUACCUUGUCAAAGCUCGACGGUACAGUCGCAGCACUUAAAGAUGAUAAAAAGAUGAGGCUACGGAAGCUUCAAGAUCUAGCUGCACAACUUUCUGAUCUUUGGAAUCUCAUGGAAACCCCUGCAGAAGAACGGAGUUUCUUUGAUCAUGUCACAUGCAACAUCUCUGCAACUGUCGAUGAUGUCACUGCACCUGGAGCGCUUGCCCUUGAUUUGAUUGAGCAAGCUGAGGCUGAAGUUGAAAGAUUAGAUGCGCUAAAGGCAAGCAAGAUGAAGGAAAUAGCUUUAAAGAAGCAGAGUGAAUUGGAAGACAUUUAUGCCAGUGCUCACAUAGAAAUUGAUACAGUUGCUGCCCAAGAGAAAAUAAUGUCCCUAAUCGAUUCAGGAAAAAUUGAACCAUCAGAGUUGAUUGCCGACAUGGAUAAUCAGAUUUUGAAAGCCAAAGAAGAAGCAUUGAGCAGAAAAGAAAUAUUAGAUAAGGUCGAGAAAUGGAUGUCAGCAUGUGAAGAAGAAAGCUGGCUUGAGGACUAUAAUCGGGAUGAAAACAGGUAUAACUCAAGCCGAGGCGCACAUUUGAACCUCAAGCGUGCAGAAAAAGCUCGGGUUCUGGUUAAUAAGAUACCAGCUCUUGUUGACACAUUGGUGGCCAAGACCCGAGCUUGGGAAGAGGAUCGAAGCAUGUCAUUCAUGUAUGAUGGUGUCCCUCUUCUAGCAAUGUUGGAUGAAUAUGUUAUGCUUAGGCAUGAAAGGGAAGAAGAGAAGCGCCGAAUGCGGGAUCAGAAGCGCUUCAGCGAGCAACAAACCACCCCCGAACAAAGCGUCAGCAGGCCACUCGCUCCGAAGAAGGUGUCAACACCUCGGUCCAAUGGGAGCCCAUCGAAUGGAACUCCGACUCGAAGAUUAUCUCUAAACUCCCAUCAGAACGGCAGCAAUGGUGUCAGACCCGCGACUAAGGAAGGGAAGAGAGAAAACGCCCGGCUAUCAGCUCCGCCAAAUCAUGCGGCGGCAGCAAAAGAAGAAACAGCUUCCCCCGCAGCAGGCAAUGACUCAAUUCCUACCACACCCUAAAUUUUAAACUUUCUGUGCUAUAUUAGGUAAAGAAUGUAUUGUGAUGUUGUCAGUCCAUUUUAUGUAGUUGUAUUUUAGAUAUCGUGUAAUGGGUGGUAAUUAUGCUGUUUAAUUAUACUCUUACUUACUGUCUCGGAAUCUGUCUUAAGUACCUAUUAUAUGUGUUAUUGAUGAGAAAUUAUAGUAUAAAGGCUUUGUUUGUGGUCUGAAUACUUAA